AUGGCAGCGAAAGUCUUUCCAAUUGUGGCAGCCAUAUUUCUUCUUGUUGUGAUGCACUCCCACACCAUUCAUUCAAAACCAAGUGGAGAUCCUUUUGGGUUCAUCAAACACCUAGAGGGAUGCCACAAGGGUGAAUCUGUCUCUGGGCUUCAGCAGCUCAAAAAAUAUCUAGAGAAAUUUGGAUAUUUGAACUAUGGUAAUCAGGGAAAGAAGGGCAAUAACCAUGCCAGUGAUGACAAGUUUGACGAUCUUUUAGAGUUCGCAAUCAAGGCAUAUCAGCAGAACCAUCAUUUGAAUGUUACCGGAAGCCUAGACAAUAACACAGUGCAUGAAAUGAAGAAGCCUAGAUGUGGCGUGCCGGAUGUUGUCAAUGGCACUAAGCAUUACCACCGUACUCAUAAAUCCAUCCACACACUAGCUCACUAUAAUUUCAUUCCUGGACGACCGAGAUGGUCACCACAAAAGAGGCAUUUGACAUAUAAGUUCCGUUCCGGUGUCCAAGUCCCGGCUGCCCAGAACAUAAGGUCUAUCUGUGCGCAAGCUUUUCGAAGAUGGGCACAGGUCACCGAAUUUACGUUCUCAGAAGUUACUGAUCGCACUCCUGCAGAUAUUGUAAUUGGAUUCUACCGUAGAGACCAUAAUGAUGAUCAAGCCUUUGAUGGUCCUCUAGGGACUAUUGCCCAUGCUACUCCACCAACUAGUAAUGCACGGUUACAUUUCGAUGCAGAUGAGAAUUGGAGUGAAAAUCCUGGAAGUAAUCAGCUGGACUUGGAAUCUGUUUCUGUGCAUGAAAUAGGACAUCUUCUUGGUCUUGACCAUAAUGAUGAUCCGAAUGCUGAUGCCAUCAUGUCUUCAGGACUUCCUCCCGGGAUUACCAAAAGGGAUCUGCGUGCGGAUGAUAUUCAAGGUGUACGAGCUUUAUACGGAUUCACUAAUUGA